GUUGUACAAGAGCUGGAGAAAUGGGAAGGUCGACCAUGUUGUGAUUUAGCCAUCAGCAGUCAUUGUAAACAAAGAUGUCAACAGGUGAAGUCUGAGUCCUCACUGUCAAAAUCGUGCGAAGCAGGAUUAGAAAAUCAUCUCUUCUCUUGCUUAAAAAAACAAAAAGGUGGAGAGAAGUGUUGUCAACAGGCAGAAUCAUAUAGUUGUAAACUGGUUUGUCAAUCAUACUAUAUUUCAAACUCUACCAACAGACGCGAAAACAAAAAUAUACUCUUCAAACAUUGUCAUGGUAACGAUGAAAAAGUCUUCCAUUGUGUUCAAAGACAGAUUCGAUCACCAAGAGCAAGUAAUCCUGCAGAAAAAAUACCAUGCUGUGACCGUGGUACAACACCAGAAUGUCAAGAAAGAUGUCGGGCUAUAUUACAGACGUCUGCUACGGAAGAUGGUAUAAUAGAAGAAGUAAUAAAAGGAUGUGGUAAACCGGACGUCCGAGCUCCAUUAUGGCAAUGUUUUCUAGCGACACCACCUGGUAAAAGAAAUGAGACUCCAUUAGUAACAGGAUUAGACAGCGCUAAAUUACAGUGUUGUGCUAAAGCCAAAACCAGUAGAUGUCGUGAUCUGUGUACCUGGACAUACAACCUGGAUUGGGUUCAACAUUCAAGUGAAUUUUAUCAAAGUUGUUCUUAUAUUCAGCCUGUGUCUGUUCUUGAGGCUUCCAUGCAUAGUUGUCUUACUGAUGUUGAAGAACCAUGUCAGUUGGGAUGUAAAGGUUUAGAUUUUUGCUCCAACUUCAAUCAUCGACCAACCCAGUUAUUUCGAAGCUGUAACUCACAGGCAGAUAAAGCUGCUAGAGAUGCAGUGAAGGAAUGGGAGAAUGGUCUUAUAUCACUUCCACAAAUGACUAUACCAGUCAGAGAUAUUCGACAGUGUAAACCAGAUGUAUGGAAGGCCAUAGCAUGUGCACUUCAAAUCAAACCUUGUUUGAAAAAACCAAGUCCCUUAUCUUUAUGCAUGGAAGAUUGUAUAUAUAUUUUGAAUGAAUGUGUAGAUAAAAGUAGAUUAACAGAAGAUAAAACAGUACCGCAGUUAUGUAAUGCUCUACCUUCACGUACAGAAGAUGGUGCUUGUAUAUCUGUUUCUAAAUACCUCAGUAAAAGUGCUGAUAUUGGUCGUGAGAAUGAAGUAACGUCUCCCUGUAAUCCAGACCCAUGUGGGAAGGGUGAAGUGUGUCGAGUCAGGAGGAGAAAAUGUAAACAUUCAGAAGAUUGUAAACCAUAUAUUUGCAAAGCCGGUUGUGUAUUGGGACAAGUGUCCACAUUUCUAGUGCCUAGAGGAGCUUAUGUCCGUAUCCCAGAAAAACAAACUGGUAGCCAGUCUAAAAAACAAUGUUUUAAAGCGUGUCAUUGUAGUCAUAGAAACAAGAUUGAGAAUUGCAAACAGUUGCCAUGUUUUGAUGAUAAACAGUGUGUCAUCGGUCCAGGACACAGAAAAGAAAGUGGCAGCCAUUUUAAUAUUGAUAGUAGUUUAUGUGUUUGUCAUGAUGGUGAUAUGAUCUGUUCUAAAAAUACUUGUAAACCUCAGAUGGGUGCAUCUACAUCAGCUAUUUCAGAUAUGCCAGGUAAUUGUCCAGCACAUUAUAGACCUGUUUGUGCCAGUAAUGGUAAAACCUAUCCUAAUCAUUGUUUAGCCAAAUGUGCAGGUUUUAAAGACAAUGAUUUACAAAAAGGAUCAUGUUCUAGCAUAGAUCCAUGUAUUAAUAAUAUCUGUGGAACAGGUAACAGAUGUGUAGCUAGACGACAAGUGUGUUUAAGUUUACAACCUGGAGAGUUUUGUAACCAGUUUGAAUGUGUGUCUGAGAGUACAACCUGUAAUCCACAUUAUCAUGAUUCUGUAUGUGAUACAACAGGAGAAGAAUUUACGAAUGCUUGUAUCCUCUUCUCCCAUGAGAGAACUCUAGCUUAUAGAGGACAUUGUAUGUUGGGUUGUUCUAAUCAGGGUGAAGUAUGUGGUCAUAAUGGUGAAACAUAUUCUAGUCAAUGUGCUGCUCUAGCUGAUAGAACUACUAUAGAUUAUCCUGGUAAAUGUCGAGCACUGGGCAAUAUUACAGCUGGUCGAAGUCAUUGUACCAAUGUGAGGUGUCAGCCGUUAAAACCUAACAACUGCAAGGGUCUGCUUCCGCCUGGUGGCUGUUGUCCAGUUUGUGCUGCAGAACUACAAGCAUUAUUCGAUCCCCGUCAGGUUCAAUCAGCAGCAAAGGUUAUGGAUGAAGGUCCAAUUACAGUGCGGGUAAUAUUAGAUGAGCUAUCCAAUCAUCUAACAGUAGCGGAAUGUGAUAUAUAUGGGUAUUUAAGUAUUGAAGGAGGGUUAGUUAUUAUUAUAACUACGGUGGUUCAAGAACCAACUGAUUUACAGUUGGAAGCUUGUAAUAGUGAAGCACAGAGAUUAGAACAUUUGAUCCGGACUGGUAGUCCCUUACUCCAGUCCUAUUUAACAUUGACUCCAUUAUUAGUGGCUCCCAUUAGAAAAGCUAGUCUAAAUUCGGUUAACAAUCCAAACAGUGCUGUGAAUAUAGAGAGUACGCCCAUCUUAUUCUUAUUAACAAUUAUUCUACAUAUCAGUAAAACACAUUGGUUUUCAUAGUCACUGUCUACAUUUUUUUAAAAACAAUAUACAAUAUAUGAUACACCCAGAAGAAUCUCCAAAAUAAUUUUUAUUUGUAUCACGCUGUGUUUGCUUUUGUGGAGCCAUGUCUUUUAUUCAAGCAGAAAUUCAAGAUGGAGUCUGAAGAUAUAAAAAAGUUGUGAAAUAUGCUUACUGAAAAUAGGAGUCAGUUUGAUGCAAAGAAUUUAUGCAUAGAGGAUCUGUUCGGUAUUAUAUCAGUCGCUUCGGCACAAAAUCCUAUGAUCGAAAGACACAAAAAAAAUGAGACACUUUGUUUUCAAGAGACAUUUUAAUGGAGCAUUAAUAAAAAAGAAAACUAAGCCAAAGGUGUUGUGACAAAAAAAAAACUACUUAUGCUCCUGUUUUGUGCUUCUUAAAUGUGCGAAAAUUUAUGAUUUGGACACUUGUCAAACCAAAGACAUAAUACUGUAGGAAAGGUCAGUGUCACCUUUGCUCAAAUUAUGAAUUGUUUGAAAGAGAAAUUUACUGAAGUAUUAUACAUGUGCCAAGUUAAAUGCUUAUGUUGUAAAAUGUGUGUGUGAGUGAGUGUUUGUUUGUUUAGGGCAUCAUUACUUAGUCUGAAGAUAUAUUCCUAUUUAAUAGUUAGACAAGAACUUAAAAUGUUCUUUUUGUUGUUUUAAGAAUUUAGUUUUAAACUCUUCAAAUUUUUAUCAGAAAAUUAAAUUAAAACUAUCACUGAACUCUAAAUUACUACAUGUAAAGCUCUCUAGAUGAAAGAGCCCAUAUUUCAACAUACAUAUGGCAAAAGGUUUUCCCCAUACAGAAAGUGAAUUUUAUUACUAGCUGUACAGCAGAAGUCAGUUACUAAGCAUGUGACAUCUCAAAUGAGAAAUUUGUUAAUUUUUUAAUUUAAUAUUUUUCCUACCAUUUGUAAUGAAUGGCUAUGUAUAUUUGUCAACAAAAGAAUGUUUCAAACCAGUGGGUAUAUAUUUUCAGACACAAUAUUCAUAUUAGCUGGAUGCAUUGCAUAUAGCUAGGAGAAUUACAUAUAAUUCAAAUUGUAUUCAUUUGGGCACUGAAACAAUAUUCAGUUACAGAAGAGUGAAUCCCUCCAUAUAUGGUCUGUUAUUUGACAAACACAAUAUUAAAAUAAGUAAGCUAAUUUUAUUUUGUUGAUUUACAGAUUUCAUUACAUAUUUUGCCUUUUUUAAAAUUAAUGUUUUAAUUUCUGGCAUGUAAAUUGACCAAUACAUAAAUUGCAGAGCUGAACAUUUAAAUGGGAGCUAGACAUUAAGUGGCAAAAAUGAUCUGAAUGGUAUUAGAAGCCUUCUGUUAAACAUGUACAUUGGGAAAAAUUCCUUCAAGAGUAUUCACUUUCCAUGGAGAUAAAUGAUAUACUGUUGAAUUGUAGAAUUCUGUGUUCAACUUUCAAAUCUGCUGGUCCAAGAAAGAUACUUUAGUGCUCAGAUGAAUUCAUGCUUGAUUAAUUGUAAUAAAUAUUGAUUAUCAUACAUAUAUGGCAUAAUAUUCAUAAUAUUAAUUCUACACACAUUUGUUUAUAAUAGUUUUAUUAAUAUGAAUUUGCUUCUUUUAUAAAUUAAUUACUUUAAACUAUAAUGUUAUUUAUAUAAAUUAAUUUUUUUUUUUUUCGUAUAUUGAUAUUAUUUUAAUGUGGCCAAAUGUCAGAAACCAAAGCUGCUAACAAGACUUUCAAAAUUAAGUUUUUGCCGAAGGUGUAACCGUGUUUCGGAAAUUUACGAAUCCAGUGUGUCAAAACUUUUAGAAGUUUUCAUUAUGAUAUUGUUUCUUUGCCAAGUUGUCUCUUAUUUUUUAAUGAUCCAUCCAAAUAAUACAAUAACUGAAAAGUACUCCCUGAUGCCUAUUUGUGUGUUUCAAGUGGAUUUUCUUUUCUGUUAAAUAGGGCUCAUGAGACCACUUGACAAAGUGAACUGUAGGCCAUUUUAAUACUUACAAAGAUUAAGAUUUUUAAAAAUUUUAAAGCUUAAUUGAUAUUUUAUUAUAAUCCUUAUUUUAAAUAUAGCUUUACAUAAUAUUAUAUCAAAUAUUUAGGAUAUGGUGAAUUUGAUUUUAAUAUUCUUAUAUCAAAUAUAUUUGAGGCUUUCCAAAGAUAAUAAAUGCAUAAUCUUGAUAUCAUAAUAUUUAUCCCCGUUAUUCACCAUGUGGUCAGGCCAUAUACCGGUACUUAAAAAAAAAAUCAUUAAUGGUAUUGCAUUAAUAUGGCUUUAUUGAGAAUAUUUUGUGUUCACAUAUAUCUCUGUAAAUACAUUUUGUACAUGUGUAAUUUAAGGAGAAGAGAGUUAUCUCUUGUUUUCAUAAAGGGAGGUAAUCCUUUGAAACUGUUUAAACCUGUUACUUGUGUUGUGUCUACAUUAUAUUAUUAUAUCUUUGUGCAUUUGUUGUUUUAUAUUUUGUAAGUCUGAAUUGUUUUAUAUUAUACUUUUGUUAUGACUUCGUAUUUUCAUGUUCAUAUUAUAUAUACCCUAUUGUUAUUUGACUAUUAUUUUUUUUUCGUAGGAUAUGAGUUCAAAUAUUUCAUGUGGUACCUAUAAUAGUAUAAUUGCAUAUAUUUUGUUAAUAUAAAAAGAUAUUAUUGAGAAAUAAUUUUUGGAAUUGGACAUAAAUAUUAUUUAGAAUUGACCCCUUUUGAAGUGGACAUAGGUCAAUAUAAAUAAGAAUUGAACAUAAAUCAGAUAUUAUUACUGUAGGCGAAGAAUGAAUCCCUUUUGAAUUGAACAUAAUAAAAUAUAAUUAAGAAUUGAACAUAAUUAAACAUAAAUUUAAUGAAUUAAUAGAUAUUACUGCGUUGUUGGUUGUCUAGAUUAUUUAUUCACUCAUAAUUUUGUAGAUCUGACAAGACAGGAACAAGUUAUUUAAAACUUUGAUAUUUAUAUUUUAUAUCAGAUCUGAAUUUUUUUUUUAUUACAUUUUACUUUUGAAUGAAUAAUAUGCAUUAACUAUUUUUUAAUUAAUAGUUGAUGCAUAUUUGUCCAUAAAUUUGAUCAAACUGGUAGAUUGUUUUACCAAAAAAAAACCCCAAAACAAUUGGUUAAAACAAACAAUUGGUUGCUAUGUUUUCUCUGUUUUUGAUAUUUUACAAAAAAAAGGAAUUAUAGAGACUAUUUACAGUUGAAACAUUAGAUCAUUUAUGUGUAAAUCUACCUCAUAUUUUGUUCGUAUCAAUAAAGAUAAUUGAAUCGAAUAAAACUAGGGUUGUAAACAAAACAUUUAUUAAAAUUGUAUAAGUUCUGUUAUUGUAACUUGAUCUUUGUAAAAAAAAACCUGAAAGUUCACAUAGCUUUCAGUUUGUGUUAUUAAAAUUCUCAACUCUUAAAUCCAUGAAUGUUUAUGAAUUUCAUGAGCUGCAUAAGACAGUAUGGCAGAAAUUGAUAUAUGACUCUUGACUCAGGAUAUUCCAGAGAUCAAAAGAUUUUAAUUGUUGUUAUAUUUCAUAUAGUUUGUCCACUCAUUGUCUGUUGUAAACACAACAUUUAUAAUGGCAACUUCCCCAUCCUUUUAAUCAGAAUUCUUCUUCAAAAACUCAGGACCUAUGUUGAUGUGCAGACAAAGUAGACUUCAUAAGGACUAAUUUUGAAACCAUAAUUUUCAAAGUCUGUACGCUUUGAUUUAGAAUAAAGGAGAAGGACUUUGUUCAGAUUUGAUAAGGGUGGAGCAGUUAAGGGUGGGGGAUUUGUUAAGCUUAGACAUCAUUGUGAAGCAUUAAUAAUUCAUUUGUUGUAUAGAAUUGUAAAUGACCUAUAAAAAUUGUAUAUACUAUACAUAUUCCUAUAGAGAGUACUUAUUUAUUAUGUUAGUGAACUUAUAGUGGAAGAAUGGUGUGCAAGUAAAAUGUAACUGUUAAUAUUUGACAGAGAAAAUAUGUCUGUUUUCUUGCUUUGGAGUGUUGUAUUCAUAACUUCGCUCCAUGGUUUUAAGAUGUAAUGGUUUUCGAAGUCUUCAUCAAUUUUCUUUUUUUAAAAUAGGGAUUGUGAAAAGUCCAGUAAGAUUGAAUUAAAAAAAAAAAACCAAAACAGUGUAAAGCUUUCCUAGUACUGAUGCAAUGCUAGUUUCUUUUUUAGAUAUAGGUUAUAAAGAGUAGUUAAAAAACAGAAAUCCUUUGAGAUCUUUCUGAAGUAAGUCAUAAUCUAGUGGCGAAUUUAUCCCAAAGAAACUGCUUUCGGUUUCAAAAUUUGGAAACUUUCUAUUGAUCUGAUCAAACUAGUUUGGAACUGCCCGUGGUAGUGGUUUGUUCUGUUUUACUUUCAUAUAAACAUGGUAGAUAGUGGGUUUAGCUACAUGUACAAAUCGAGAAAAUAGUUUGGAAUCUAGAAUGUAAUCUGCCCGUAUUUUAAGAAAAGAAUUGGGAUCGUAUCUUGAAGGGAUGGGGUUACUAUGUAAUGCACUUGAAAAUAAUGGAGUAUUAUUAUUAUUAUAGUUAUUAUUUGUCAUUUUGUUUCUAGUCAUGUGACGUUCUAAGUGUCCAAUUAGCAUUGAGCUUUGAUGAAUAUGUUCAUUUCAACUUUGACCUUUUAACGUUUAAAAGUGAACAUCAGAGAAAGAAAUCUGUGUAAAUAUUUACAUGUAUUUCAUAAAAGCUGUUAAGUUUAAAAAUCUGUGUACAUAUUUGUUCAAAGAACUACCAUUUUUUGUACACAGACAUCAUUAUUCAUAGACAGAUAUCAAAAUAUUAUAUAACAAGUAAAACAUUUGUAUUGAACUAAUUUAAGAGUUAUUAAUGAGAUAUUGAUGUUUAUCAUGCUGAAUGUGCUUUUAAAUGUACAUAUUAUAGACUGUUGAUGGAUUAUUAUCAUAUGGGUUGUAACUACUUGUAACUGGAUAAAUGACGGAUCAUUAUUGAUCAUAUAUGGUUAUUUAUUGAUGGAUCUUUAUAUAUUGUUUUGAAAUUUCAAAAUACAUAUGGCCAUAAAUUGAUAAAGUUGUUAUUGAUUGUAUAUGGUAAUAACUGGAUUGAUAUUGAUUUGUGUUGUUAUAUACAUAUAUGGAUCAAUGGUUAUACCAGAGAUACCUGUAUAUGACUAGAUAACUAUUUAUCAUGUAUGGUCAUAUCUUGAUCAAUGGUUAUAUUUCCUGUAUGGUCAUAUCUUGAUCAGUGGUUAUUAAGUUUAUUAACCAUAAUAUGGUCAUAAUUAUCUUGACCAGUGCAUUGUUAUUGACCGUAUAUGGUCAUAUCUUGAUCAAUCGUUAUUUACCGGUACACAUGAUCAAGGUGUGAUCAAUAGUCUUUUAUCAUAUAUGGUGAAAUUGGUAUUGAUAUUUAUUUAUCCUAUACGGUCAUAAUGAUUUUUUUUAUUUAUCAUAUAAGGUCAUAAUGAUAUUUAAUUAUCAUAUACCGUCAUAUUGAUAUUUAUUUGUCAUAUAUGGUCAUAAUGAUAUUUCUAUUUAUCACAUAAGGUCAUAAUGAUAUUUAUUUAUCAUAUAUGGUCAUACUGAUAUUUUUUGUCAUAUAUGGUCAUAAUGAUAUUUUUGUCAUAUAUGGAUGGAUCACUAUUUAUCAUAUACGAUCAAAUCUUGAUGGAUUAAUGCUUUUCUCAAUGGAUCAUUGUUUAUCAUUUAUGGUCAUAUCUUGUACAGAGAAUGAUUAUACACAAUAAAAUCAGUCAUCACCUCAGAUAUAAAUUAUAUUAAAAAUGAA